AUGCGUCUCCAUCUUGCCCUGUUGGCCGCCACGGCCGAGGCGGUCAUUCUCAUGGCCACCGACCACCUCCAGGACGCCGCCGGCUUCACCAUCGAGCUGCCGGGCCACGCCCUCGCGUCGGCCUCGACUGUUGCCCAAGUAAACGCACAAAAUGGCGACACUGCCGCUGCUGCGGCGCCCAUUCUCGGCUGCACCACCAGCUCCUUUUCGACGCCGAGCUGGCUCGUCCGCAAUUUGACCUUGAACCGCACCGACGACAGCGUCACGUUCGACCUCCUCAACCGCGCCACCAACUACACCGCCUUCAUUGGCUGCGCCAACGCCACGGCCGACGAGAGCAAGCCCGACGUGUAUGCGCACUGUGAUGUGCAGACGGACCCUGCGCCCAGCGACGACUCGCUGCUGGCGCUCGUGCGCGUGACGGCCAAGGGCACGGCGGCGGAUGUGCUGCUUCGGCAGAGGUGGGCCUGCAGCGACCGCACGACGGCAGCGGUCCAGCCAAUCAACUUCUCGGCGGCCGGCAACAGUUCCACGGUGCUCGCGUGCGGCGCCGCCGGCUGUGUGGCGGUCGACUCGCCCCUGCUCGUCCGGGGCAACCUCGCCGCGCCCGUGGCCAUCCACCCGGCACCUGCCGACGGCCCCAUUGGCCACAGCAAGGCCGGCUGCUCCGCGGCGGCCAGCAAACCACCCUCGUGGUCGCUGCAGAGCGUCUACUACCUCAACCAGACGGGCGACAACGGGGCGACCGCGAUCUCGUCGCAGACGCUGAUGCUGCAGGUCAUCAACCACGCGAUUGGGUACCAGGCCGGCUGCACGGGCUUCUUGUCCGACGACCUGUCGACCAAACCGGUGUCGUUUACCUGCGCCGGGCAGGGCUACGACUUUCUCGGCAGGGACCAGUACCGGAUCCAGACGCAGGCGCUCUUUGAGCCGGCAACGUUCAACUUUACCGUGAACCAGACAUGGUACUGCGAUGACACGGACGAGGGGAAACCGGUCAGCAUCACGGCCAGUGGCAGCACGGUCCUGCCGCUCAACUGCACGAGCGUCGCUGUCGGCGCGGGCGACAAGGUGGGCAACAAGACGACGUGCCUGUCCAAUGGCGACAUUGUAGUGCAGGCCCAGCACCCCGGCACGGUAACGUCGCUGCCGCCGUACUCCGUCACCGAUCCGCUGCCCACACCCGACGGCUGCACGGUGUCGUCGAUUGUGGGGCCGGCCUGGACGCUGAGCAGCUUCGAGAUUGACAGUGAUCCCAAAGGAAACAGGACGGCGAACAUCACCUCCGUCGGCUUCGAUCUCCGGCUUGCCACUGGCACCAACGAGGCCACCUAUCCGAUCAGCGUCUAUCAGGGCAGGGCUGUCGAGGGCAGGCCGCAGUGGUUCCACUGCACGUUUGGUGCCGACGAGAUCCCGCUGGCGCCGUACAACUGCACGUAUACGUACGAUGCUGCGGCCAAGCAGCUGACACUGGCGGCCGACUGGAUCUGCAGCGACCUGGACAGAGAGCGCCCGGUUCUCUUCAGCGGCACGGCGACGACGGCCAUCUCGAAGCCGUUUAGUUGCUCGACAGCAGGUGGCCAGACACAGUGCCUGACGGACGAGACGGCGUCCUGGAACGUGCCCAUUACCAACGUCACCUGGCGGGCGGCCGACAAGGAUGUGCUGGCGCCGUCGUAG